CCCUUUUCCUUUCGUAUCCUUAACUUGGCAAUUUCUUUUCUCCACUCUGUUGUUUGGGCAAAAAUCUCCGGAAAAUGUCGAUUAGGGUUUUCUUAUUCCUCGCUUUGCUCCUUCUCUCAUCGACGCUUCUUCAAGUUGCAAUAUGCGAGCCGGACCCUGAUGCAGAUGUUGAAUCAUCUGAGGUAGCAAAGGAUCUUGGAAUUGUUGGAGAUGAUGUACUAUAUGAUGAUGGGAAUUUUAGCCCAGCCCCGGGCGUGGAAACGACUUGUUUAUUCCCUAAAAACCCAUCAAAACUUGUAGUUGCUGGGGAAGAAAGUGAGCUUCUUGUUGGAUUAAAAAAUGAUGGGGAAUCAAAUAUUAAGGUUAUCGCUGUUCAGGCUAGUGUGCAUCUUCCUUAUGAUCACAAGUACAUUAUUCAAAAUCUUACGGCCCAGGUUUUUAAUAACGCAUCAGUUCCACCAUCAGCCCAAGCAGCAUUCCCUUAUGCAUUUUCUGUGAGCAAAUUCUUUCAGUCGGGCACAUUUGACCUUGUGGGGACUAUUGUUUAUGAGAUUGAUCAAUACCCAUACCAAAACACUUUCUACAAUGGGACAAUUGAAGUUGCUGAGGCUGGCGAUCUGUUCAGUGUUGAGUCUGCAUUGUUGGCAUUCUUUGGAAUUGCUCUUAUUGGUCUUUUAGGAUUAUGGAUACGUAGCCAGGUUCAAAAUCUCUCCAAGAAAACCAAGAGGGCACCAAAGGUGGAAAUUGGAACAAAAGCAACCGAUGCCUCCCUUGAUGAAUGGUUACAGGGAACGGCAUUCUCUCAGUCUCAGUCCAACAAAUCGAAGAAGAAGAAGUAAAAAGUAUAGAGACAGUGAUCGCCACCAAAUCAUUAGGAUUUUAAAUUCAAUGAGCCAUGGCCUGCUCGGUUAUGUGCAUCUUAUGCUUCCACUGCGCCGGAACUCAGCGGGGACUAGUUUGAGUUUUUGUCCUAACAAUAACUGGUACGUGUAGCGUUGGGACCAUUUCUUGUUUUCAUUAUGUAAAGUCUAGAAAUAGUCUUAUAUCUGAUGCAUAGUUGCUGCAAAAGUUUUAUGGUGUCGGAGUAAAUGUGUUGAUAUAGUUCUUUUGGGAAUAAUAAAUAAUUA